UUUUUGUUUAUAACGAUGAUAAUCUGUUGCAACCUUGGAUGCAGCCUAGGUUGUUUGGAUGAGGAGAGGACUGUUCUUCAGGAUAUAACAGAAUCUAUAGGCUCUUAUCAAGACAGAUACUCUGAUGACUGUUGCAGGUGGGAAGGGGUUCACUGUAGCCCCACAAGCUCUCAUGUGAUUGGAAUUUAUUUUUACAAUAUCAAGCAGGAUGAAGAUCUAUGGAUUCCGGAUAUGAGUUUGUUUUCUCAACUCAAGCAAUUGCAGGAAUUGCAUCUCAAAGGCAACCAUUUUGGUGGACUGACAAAUCCCGAAGCAAUCUGUGAACUCGUUUACUUAGAAUCGCUGGAUCUUUCAGAUAACUCAGUUGAAGAUGUUGUGCCACCCUGUUGGGGCAAUAUGCCAUCACUCAGAGCUCUGAAAAGGGAAACCUUACCUCCUUUCUUGCUAAUCUAUCAAACAUUGAGGUGAACUGAAACAUCUACAAAGCUUGGACUUGUCUAACA